AUGCUGUCAGUCACUCACUCUCUCAUGUUGUCAGUCAGUCACUCACUCACUCAUGCUGUCACUCACUCACUCACUCAUGCUGUCAGUCACUCAAUCACUCAUGCUGUCAGUCACUCACUCACUCAUGCUGUCACUCACUCACUCACUCAUGCUGUUAGUCACUCACUCACUCAUGCUGUCAGUCACUCACUCACUCAUGCUGUCACUCACUCACUCACUCAUGCUGUCAGUCACUCACUCACUCAUGCUGUCAGACACUCACUCACUCAUGCUGUCACUCACUCACUCACUCACUCAUGCUAUCAGUCACUCACUCCUCAUGCUCUCAGUCACUCACUCACUCAUGCUGUCAGUCACUCACUCACUCAUGCUGUGAGUCACUCACUCACUCACUCAUGCUGGGAGUCACUCACUCACUCACUCAUGCUGUCAGUCACUCUCUCACUCAUGCUGUCAGUCACUCACUCACUCAUGCUGUCAGUCACUCACUCACUCAUGCUGUCAGUCACUCACUCACUUAUGCUGUCAGUCACUCACUCACUCAUGCUGUCAGUCAGUCACUCACUCACUCAUGCUGUCACUCAUUCACUCACUCAUGCUGUCACUCACUCACUCACUCAUGCUGUCAGUCACUCACUCACUCAUGCUGUCAGUCACUCACUCACUCAUGUUGUCAGUCACUCACUCACUCACUCAUGCUGUCAGUCACUCACUCACUCACUCAUGCUGUCACUCACUCACUCACUCAUGCUGUCACUCACUCACUCACUCAUGCUGUCAGUCACUCUCUCACUCAUGCUGUCAGUCACUCACUCACUCAUGCUGUCAGUCACUCACUCACUUAUGCUGUCAGUCACUCACUCACUCAUGCUGUCAGUCAGUCACUCACUCACUCAUGCUGUCACUCAUUCACUCACUCAUGCUGUCACUCACUCACUCACUCAUGCUGUCAGUCACUCACUCACUCAUGCUGUCAGUCACUCACUCACUCAUGCUGUCAGUCACUCACUCACUCACUCAUGCUGUCAGUCACUCACUCACUCACUCAUGCUGUCACUCACUCACUCACUCAUGCUGUCACUCACUCACUCACUCAUGCUGUCAGUCACUCUCUCACUCAUGCUGUCAGUCACUCACUCACUCAUGCUGUCAGUCACUCACUCACUCAUGCUGUCAGUCACUCACUCACUCAUGCUGUCAGUCACUCCGUCACUCACUCAUGCUGUGAGUCACUCACUCACUCACUCGCUCAUGCUGUCAGUCACUCAGUCACUCAUGCUGUCACUCACUCACUCACUCAUGCUGUCAGUCACUCACUCACUCAUGCUGUCAGUCACUUACUCACUCAUGCUGUCAGUCACUCACUCACUCAUGCUGUCAGUCACUCACUCACUCAUGCUAUCAGUCACUCACUCCUCAUGCUCUCAGUCACUCACUCACUCAUGCUGUCAGUCACUCACUCACUCAUGCUGUGAGUCACUCACUCACUCACUCAUGCUAGGAGUCACUCACUCACUCACUCAUGCUGUCAGUCACUCUCUCACUCAUGCUGUCAGUCACUCACUCACUCAUGCUGUCAGUCACUCACUCACUCAUGCUGUCAGUCACUCACUCACUUAUGCUGUCAGUCACUCACUCACUCAUGCUGUCAGUCACUCACUCACUCACUCAUGCUGUCACUCAUUCACUCACUCAUGCUGUCACUCACUCACUCACUCAUGCUGUCAGUCACUCACUCACUCAUGCUGUCAGUCACUCACUCACUCAUGCUGUCAGUCACUCACUCACUCACUCAUGCUGUCAGUCACUCACUCACUCACUCAUGCUGUCACUCACUCACUCACUCAUGCUGUCACUCACUCACUCACUCAUGUUGUCAGUCACUCACUCACUCAUGCUGUCAGUCACUCACUCACUCAUGGUGUCAGUCACUCACUCACUCAUGCUGCCAGUCACUCACUCACUCAUGCUGUCAGUCACUCACUCACUCAUACUGUCAGUCACUCACACACUCACUCAUGCUGUGAGUCACUCACUCAGUCACUCGCUCAUGCUGUCAGUCACUCACUCACUCAUGCUGUCACUCACUCACUCACUCAUGCUGUCAGUCACUCACUCACUCAUGCUGUCAGUCAGUCACUCACUCAUGCUGUCAGUCACUCACUCACUCAUGCUGUCAGUCACUUACUCAUGCUGUCAGUCACUCACUCACUCAUGCUGUCAGUCACUCACUCACUCACUCAUGCUGUCAAUCACUCACUCACUCAUGCUGUCAGUCACUCACUCACUCACUCAUGCUGUCAGUCACUCACUCACUCACUCAUGCUGUCACUCACUCACUCACUCAUGCUGUCAGUCACUCUCUCACUCAUGCUGUCAGUCACUCACUCACUCAUGCUGUCAGUCACUCACUCACUCAUGCUGUCAGUCACUCACUCACUCAUGCUGUCAGUCACUCCGUCACUCACUCAUGCUGUGAGUCACUCACUCACUCACUCGCUCAUGCUGUCAGUCACUCACUCACUCAUGCUGUCACUCACUCACUCACUCAUGCUGUCAGUCACUCACUCACUCAUGCUGUCAGUCAGUCACUCACUCAUGCUGUCAGUCACUCACUCACUCAUGCUGUCAGUCACUUACUCACUCAUGCUGUCAGUCACUCACUCACUCAUGCUGUCAGUCACUCACUCACUCAUGCUAUCAGUCACUCACUCCUCAUGCUCUCAGUCACUCACUCACUCAUGCUGUCAGUCACUCACUCACUCAUGCUGUGAGUCACUCACUCACUCACUCAUGCUGGGAGUCACUCACUCACUCACUCAUGCUGUCAGUCACUCUCUCACUCAUGCUGUCAGUCACUCACUCACUCAUGCUGUCAGUCACUCACUCACUCAUGCUGUCAGUCAGUCACUCACUCAUGCUGUCAGUCACUCACUCACUCAUGCUGUCAGUCACUUACUCACUCAUGCUGUCAGUCACUCACUCACUCAUGCUGUCAGUCACUCACUCACUCACUCAUGCUGUCAAUCACUCACUCACUCAUGCUGUCAGUCACUCACUCACUCACUCAUGCUGUCAGUCACUCACUCACUCACUCAUGCUGUCACUCACUCACUCACUCAUGCUGUCAGUCACUCUCUCACUCAUGCUGUCAGUCACUCACUCACUCAUGCUGUCAGUCACUCACUCACUCAUGCUGUCAGUCACUCACUCACUCAUGCUGUCAGUCACUCCGUCACUCACUCAUGCUGUGAGUCACUCACUCACUCACUCGCUCAUGCUGUCAGUCACUCACUCACUCAUGCUGUCACUCACUCACUCACUCAUGCUGUCAGUCACUCACUCACUCAUGCUGUCAGUCAGUCACUCACUCAUGCUGUCAGUCACUCACUCACUCAUGCUGUCAGUCACUUACUCACUCAUGCUGUCAGUCACUCACUCACUCAUGCUGUCAGUCACUCACUCACUCAUGCUAUCAUCACUCACUCACUCAUGCUGUCAGUCACUCACUCACUCAUGCUGUCAGUCACUCACUCACUUAUGCUGUCAGUCACUCACUCACUCAUGCUGUCAGUCACUCACUCACUCACUCAUGCUGUCACUCAUUCACUCACUCAUGCUGUCACUCACUCACUCACUCAUGCUGUCAGUCACUCACUCACUCAUGCUGUCAGUCACUCACUCACUCAUGCUGUCAGUCACUCACUCACUCACUCAUGCUGUCAGUCACUCACUCACUCACUCAUGCUGUCACUCACUCACUCACUCAUGCUGUCACUCACUCACUCACUCAUGUUGUCAGUCACUCACUCACUCAUGCUGUCAGUCACUCACUCACUCAUGGUGUCAGUCACUCACUCACUCAUGCUGCCAGUCACUCACUCACUCAUGCUGUCAGUCACUCACUCACUCAUACUGUCAGUCACUCACACACUCACUCAUGCUGUGAGUCACUCACUCAGUCACUCGCUCAUGCUGUCAGUCACUCACUCACUCAUGCUGUCACUCACUCACUCACUCAUGCUGUCAGUCACUCACUCACUCAUGCUGUCAGUCAGUCACUCACUCAUGCAGUCAGUCACUCACUCACUCAUGCUGUCAGUCACUUACUCACUCAUGCUGUCAGUCACUCACUCACUCAUGCUGUCAGUCACUCACUCACUCACUCAUGCUGUCAAUCACUCACUCACUCAUGCUGUCACUCACUCACUCACUCAUGCUGUCAGUCACUCUCUCACUCAUGCUGUCAGACACUCACUCACUCAUGCUGUCACUCACUCACUCACUCACUCAUGCUAUCAGUCACUCACUCCUCAUGCUCUCAGUCACUCACUCACUCAUGCUGUUAGUCACUCACUCACUCAUGCUGUGAGUCACUCACUCACUCACUCAUGCUGGGAGUCACUCACUCACUCACUCAUGCUGUCAGUCACUCUCUCACUCAUGCUGUCAGUCACUCACUCACUCAUGCUGUCAGUCACUCACUCACUCAUGCUGUCAGUCACUCACUCACUUAUGCUGUCAGUCACUCACUCACUCAUGCUGUCAGUCACUCACUCACUCACUCAUGCUGUCACUCAUUCACUCACUCAUGCUGUCACUCACUCACUCACUCAUGCUGUCAGUCACUCACUCACUCAUGCUGUCAGUCACUCACUCACUCAUGCUGUCAGUCACUCACUCACUCACUCAUGCUGUCAGUCACUCACUCACUCACUCAUGCUGUCACUCACUCACUCACUCAUGCUGUCACUCACUCACUCACUCAUGUUGUCAGUCACUCACUCACUCAUGCUGUCAGUCACUCACUCACUCAUGGUGUCAGUCACUCACUCACUCAUGCUGCCAGUCACUCACUCACUCAUGCUGGCUGUCACUCACUCACUCAUACUGUCAGUCACUCACACACUCACUCAUGCUGUGAGUCACUCACUCAGUCACUCGCUCAUGCUGUCAGUCACUCACUCACUCAUGCUGUCACUCACUCACUCACUCAUGCUGUCAGUCACUCACUCACUCAUGCUGUCAGUCAGUCACUCACUCAUGCAGUCAGUCACUCACUCACUCAUGCUGUCAGUCACUUACUCACUCAUGCUGUCAGUCACUCACUCACUCAUGCUGUCAGUCACUCACUCACUCACUCAUGCUGUCAGUCACUCACUCACUCAUGCUGUCACUCACUCACUCACUCAUGCUGUCAGUCACUCUCUCACUCAUGCUGUCAGACACUCACUCACUCAUGCUGUCACUCACUCACUCACUCACUCAUGCUAUCAGUCACUCACUCACUCAUGCUCUCAGUCACUCACUCACUCAUGCUGUCAGUCACUCACUCACUCACUCGCUCAUGCUGUCAGUCACUCACUCACUCAUGCUGUCACUCACUCACUCACUCAUGCUGUCAGUCACUCACUCACUCAUGCUGUCAGUCAGUCACUCACUCAUGCUGUCAGUCACUCACUCACUCAUGCUGUUAGUCACUCACUCACUCAUGCUGUCAGUCACUCACUCACUCAUGCUGUCACUCACUCACUCUCUCAUGCUGUCAGUCACUCACUCACUCAUGCUGUCACUCACUCACUCACUCAUGCUGUCAGUCACUCAAUCACUCAUGCUGUCAGUCACUCACUCACUCAUGCUGUCACUCACUCACUCACUCAUGCUGUUAGUCACUCACUCACUCAUGCUGUCAGUCACUCACUCACUCAUGCUGUCACUCACUCACUCACUCAUGCUGUCAGUCACUCACUCACUCAUGCUGUCAGACACUCACUCACUCAUGCUGUCACUCACUCACUCACUCACUCAUGCUAUCAGUCACUCACUCCUCAUGCUCUCAGUCACUCACUCACUCAUGCUGUCAGUCACUCACUCACUCAUGCUGUGAGUCACUCACUCACUCACUCAUGCUGGGAGUCACUCACUCACUCACUCAUGCUGUCAGUCACUCUCUCACUCAUGCUGUCAGUCACUCACUCACUCAUGCUGUCAGUCACUCACUCACUCAUGCUGUCAGUCACUCACUCACUUAUGCUGUCAGUCACUCACUCACUCAUGCUGUCAGUCAGUCACUCACUCACUCAUGCUGUCACUCAUUCACUCACUCAUGCUGUCACUCACUCACUCACUCAUGCUGUCAGUCACUCACUCACUCAUGCUGUCAGUCACUCACUCACUCAUGCUGUCAGUCACUCACUCACUCACUCAUGCUGUCAGUCACUCACUCACUCACUCAUGCUGUCACUCACUCACUCACUCAUGCUGUCACUCACUCACUCACUCAUGCUGUCAGUCACUCUCUCACUCAUGCUGUCAGUCACUCACUCACUCAUGCUGUCAGUCACUCACUCACUCAUGCUGUCAGUCACUCUCUCACUCAUGCUGUCAGUCACUCACUCACUCAUGCUGUCAGUCACUCCGUCACUCACUCAUGCUGUGAGUCACUCACUCACUCACUCGCUCAUGCUGUCAGUCACUCACUCACUCAUGCUGUCACUCACUCACUCACUCAUGCUGUCAGUCACUCACUCACUCAUGCUGUCAUUCAGUCACUCACUCAUGCUGUCAGUCACUCACUCACUCAUGCUGUCAGUCACUUACUCACUCAUGCUGUCAGUCACUCACUCACUCAUGCUGUCAGUCACUCACUCACUCACUCAUGCUGUCAAUCACUCACUCACUCAUGCUGUCAGUCACUCACUCACUCACUCAUGCUGUCAGUCACUCACUCACUCACUCAUGCUGUCACUCACUCACUCACUCAUGCUGUCAGUCACUCUCUCACUCAUGCUGUCAGUCACUCACUCACUCAUGCUGUCAGUCACUCACUCACUCAUGCUGUUAGUCACUCACUCACUCAUGCUGUCAGUCACUCCGUCACUCACUCAUGCUGUGAGUCACUCACUCACUCACUCGCUCAUGCUGUCAGUCACUCACUCACUCAUGCUGUCACUCACUCACUCACUCAUGCUGUCAGUCACUCACUCACUCAUGCUGUCAGUCAGUCACUCACUCAUGCUGUCAGUCACUCACUCACUCAUGCUGUCAGUCACUUACUCACUCAUGCUGUCAGUCACUCACUCACUCAUGCUGUCAGUCACUCACUCACUCAUGCUAUCAGUCACUCACUCCUCAUGCUCUCAGUCACUCACUCACUCAUGCUGUCAGUCACUCACUCACUCAUGCUGUGAGUCACUCACUCACUCACUCAUGCUGGGAGUCACUCACUCACUCACUCAUGCUGUCAGUCACUCUCUCACUCAUGCUGUCAAUCACUCACUCACUCAUGCUGUCAGUCACUCACUCACUCAUGCUGUCAGUCACUCACUCACUUAUGCUGUCAGUCACUCACUCACUCAUGCUGUCAGUCACUCACUCACUCACUCAUGCUGUCACUCAUUCACUCACUCAUGCUGUCACUCACUCACUCACUCAUGCUGUCACUCACUCACUCACUCAUGCUGUCAGUCACUCACUCACUCACUCAUGCUGUCACUCACUCACUCACUCAUGCUGUCACUCACUCACUCACUCAUGUUGUCAGUCACUCACUCACUCAUGCUGUCAGUCACUCACUCACUCAUGGUGUCAGUCACUCACUCACUCAUGCUGCCAGUCACUCACUCACUCAUGCUGUCAGUCACUCACUCACUCAUACUGUCAGUCACUCACACACUCACUCAUGCUGUGAGUCACUCACUCAGUCACUCGCUCAUGCUGUCAGUCACUCACUCACUCAUGCUGUCACUCACUCACUCACUCAUGCUGUCAGUCACUCACUCACUCAUGCUGUCAGUCAGUCACUCACUCAUGCUGUCAGUCACUCACUCACUCAUGCUGUCAGUCACUUACUCACUCAUGCUGUCAGUCACUCACUCACUCAUGCUGUCAGUCACUCACUCACUCACUCAUGCUGUCAACACUCACUCACUCAUGCUGUCACUCACUCACUCACUCACUCAUGCUAUCAGUCACUCACUCACUCAUGCUGUCAGUCACUCACUCACUCAUGCUGUCAGUCACUCACUCACUCAUGCUGUGAGUCACUCACUCACUCACUCAUGCUGGGAGUCACUCACUCACUCACUCAUGCUGUCAGUCACUCUCUCACUCAUGCUGUCAGUCACUCACUCACUCAUGCUGUCAGUCACUCACUCACUCAUGCUGUCAGUCACUCACUCACUCAUGCUGUCAGUCACUCCGUCACUCACUCAUGCUGUGAGUCGCUCACUCACUCACUCGCUCAUGCUGUCAGUCACUCACUCACUCAUGCUGUCACUCACUCACUCACUCAUGCUGUCAGUCACUCACUCACUCAUGCUGUCAGUCAGUCACUCACUCAUGCUGUCAGUCACUCACUCACUCAUGCUGUCAGUCACUUACUCACUCAUGCUGUCAGUCACUCACUCACUCAUGCUGUCAGUCACUCACUCACUCAUGCUAUCAGUCACUCACUCCUCAUGCUCUCAGUCACUCACUCACUCAUGCUGUCAGUCACUCACUCACUCAUGCAAUGAGUCACUCACUCACUCAUGCUGGGAGUCACUCACUCACUCACUCAUGCUGUCAGUCACUCACUCACUCAUGCUGUCAGUCACUCUCUCACUCAUGCUGUCAGACACUCACUCACUCAUGCUGUCACUCACUCACUCACUCACUCAUGCUAUCAGUCACUCACUCACUCAUGCUGUGAGUCACUCACUCACUCACUCAUGCUGGGAGUCACUCACUCACUCACUCAUGCUGUCAGUCACUCUCUCACUCAUGCUGUCAGUCACUCACUCACUCAUGCUGUCAGUCACUCACUCACUCAUGCUGUCAGUCACUCACUCACUCAUGCUGUCAGUCACUCCGUCACUCACUCAUGCUGUGAGUCACUCACUCACUCACUCGCUCAUGCUGUCAGUCACUCACUCACUCAUGCUGUCACUCACUCACUCACUCAUGCUGUCAGUCACUCACUCACUCAUGCUGUCAGUCAGUCACUCACUCAUGCUGUCAGUCACUCACUCACUCACUCAUGCUGUCAGUCACUCACUCACUCACUCAUGCUGUCACUCACUUACUCACUCAUGCUGUCAGUCACUCACUCACUCAUGUUGUCAGUCACUCACUCACUCAUGCUAUCAGUCACUCACUCCUCAUGCCCUCAGUCACUCACUCACUCAUGCUGUCAGUCACUCACUCACUCAUGCUGUCAGUCACUCACUCACUCACUCAUGCUGGGAGUCACUCACUCACUCACUCAUGCUGUCAGUCACUCUCUCACUCAUGCUGUCAGUCACUCACUCACUCAUGCUGUCAGUCACUCACUCACUCAUGCUGUCAGUCACUCACUCACUUAUGCUGUCAGUCACUCACUCACUCAUGCUGUCAGUCACUCACUCACUCACUCAUGCUGUCACUCAUUCACUCACUCAUGCUGUCACUCACUCACUCACUCAUGCUGUCAGUCACUCACUCACUCAUGCUGUCAGUCACUCACUCACUCAUGCUGUCAGUCACUCACUCACUCACUCAUGCUGUCAGUCACUCACUCACUCACUCAUGCUGUCACUCACUCACUCACUCAUGCUGUCACUCACUCACUCACUCAUGUUAUCAGUCACUCACUCACUCAUGCUGUCAGUCACUCACUCACUCAUGGUGUCAGUCACUCACUCACUCAUGCUGCCAGUCACUCACUCACUCAUGCUGUCAGUCACUCAGUCACUCAUACUGUCAGUCACUCACACACUCACUCAUGCUGUGAGUCACUCACUCAGUCACUCGCUCAUGCUGUCAGUCACUCACUCACUCAUGCUGUCACUCACUCACUCACUCAUGCUGUCAGUCACUCACUCACUCAUGCUGUCAGUCAGUCACUCACUCAUGCUGUCAGUCACUCACUCACUCAUGCUGUCAGUCACUUACUCACUCAUGCUGUCAGUCACUCACUCACUCAUGCUGUCAGUCACUCACUCACUCACUCAUGCUGUCAGUCACUCACUCACUCAUGCUGUCAGUCACUCACUCACUCAUGCUGUCAGUCACUCACUCACUCAUGCUGUCAGUCACUCACUCACUCAUGCUGUCAGUCACUCACUCACUCAUGGUGUCAGUCACUCACUCACUCAUCCUGUCAGUCACUCACCCACUCAUGCUGUCAGUCACUCACUCACUCAUGCUGUCAGUCACUCACUCACUCAUGCUGUCAGACACUCACUCACUUAUGCUGUCACUCACUCACUCACUCACUCACUCAUGCUAUCAGUCACUCACUCACUCAUGCUCUCAGUCACUCACUUACUCAUGCUGUCAGACACUCACUCACUCAUGCUGUCACUCACUCACUCACUCACUCAUGCUAUCAUCACUCACUCACUCACUCAUGCUGUCAGUCACUCACUCACUCAUGCUGUCAGUCACUCACUCACUUAUGCUGUCAGUCACUCACUCACUCAUGCUGUCAGUCACUCACUCACUCAUGCUGUCAGUCACUCACUCACUCAUCCUGUCUGUCACUCACCCACUCAUGCUGUCAGUCACUCACUCACUCAUGCUGUCAGUCACUCACUCACUCAUGCUGUCAGACACUCACUCAUGCUGUCACUCACUCACUCACUCACUCACUCAUGCUAUCAGUCACUCACUCACUCAUGCUCUCAGUCACUCACUCACUCAUGCUGUCAGACACUCACUCACUCAUGCUGUCACUCACUCACUCACUCACUCAUGCUAUCAGUCACUCACUCACUCAUGCUCUCAGUCACUCACUCACUCAUGGUGUCAGUCACUCACUCACUCAUGCUGGGAGUCACUCACUCACUCACUCAUGCUGUCAGUCACUCACUCACUCAUGCUGUCAGUCACUCACUCACUUAUGCUGUCAGUCACUUACUCACUCAUGCUGUCAGUCACUCACUCACUCACUCAUGCUGUCAGUCACUCACUCACUCACUCAUGCUGUCAGUCACUCUCUCACUCAUGCUGUCAGACACUCACUCACUCAUGCUGUCACUCACUCACUCACUCACUCAUGCUAUCAAUCACUCACUCACUCAUGCUCUCAGUCACUCACUCACUCAUGCUGUCAGUCACUCACUCACUCAUGCUGUGAGUCACUCACUCACUCACUCAUGCUGGGAGUCACUCACUCACUCACUCAUGCUGUCAGUCACUCUCUCACUCAUGCUGUCAGUCACUCACUCACUCAUGCUGUCAGUCACUCACUCACUCAUGCUGUCAGUCACUCACUCACUUAUGCUGUCAGUCACUCACUCACUCAUGCUGUCAGUCACUCACUCACUCACUCAUGCUGUCACUCAUUCACUCACUCAUGUUGUCACUCACUCACUCACUCAUGCUGUCAGUCACUCACUCACUCAUGCUGUCAGUCACUCACUCACUCAUGCUGUCAGUCACUCACUCACUCACUCAUGCUGUCAGUCACUCACUCACUCACUCAUGCUGUCACUCACUCACUCACUCAUGCUGUCACUCACUCACUCACUCAUGUUGUCAGUCACUCACUCACUCAUGCUGUCAGUCACUCACUCACUCAUGGUGUCAGUCACUCACUCACUCAUGCUGCCAGUCACUCACUCACUCAUGCUGUCAGUCAGUCACUCACUCAUACUGUCAGUCACUCACACACUCACUCAUGCUGUGAGUCACUCACUCGGUCACUCGCUCAUGCUGUCAGUCACUCACUCACUCAUGCUGUCACUCACUCACUCACUCAUGCUGUCAGUCACUCACUCACUCAUGCUGUCAGUCAGUCACUCACUCAUGCUGUCAGUCACUCACUCACUCAUGCUGUCAGUCACUUACUCACUCAUGCUGUCAGUCACUCACUCACUCAUGCUGUCAGUCACUCACUCACUCACUCAUGCUGUCAGUCACUCACUCACUCAUGCUGUCACUCACUCACUCACUCAUGCUGUCAGUCACUCUCUCACUCAUGCUGUCAGACACUCACUCACUCAUGCUGUCACUCACUCACUCACUCACUCAUGCUAUCAGUCACUCACUCACUCAUGCUCUCAGUCACUCACUCACUCAUGCUGUCAGUCACUCACUCACUCAUGCUGUGAGUCACUGACUCACUCACUCAUGCUGGGAGUCACUCACUCACUCACUCAUGCUGUCAGUCACUCUCUCACUCAUGCUGUCUGUCACUCACUCACUCAUGCUGUCAGUCACUCACUCACUCAUGCUGUCAGUCACUCACUCACUUAUGCUGUCAGUCACUCACUCACUCAUGCUGUCAGUCACUCACUCACUCACUCAUGCUGUCACUCAUUCACUCACUCAUGCUGUCACUCACUCACUCACUCAUGCUGUCAGUCACUCACUCACUCAUGCUGUCAGUCACUCACUCACUCAUGCUGUCAGUCACUCACUCACUCACUCAUGCUGUCAGUCAGUCACUCACUCACUCAUGCUGUCACUCACUCACUCACUCAUGCUGUCACUCACUCACUCACUCAUGUUGUCAGUCACUCACUCACUCAUGCUGUCAGUCACUCACUCACUCAUGGUGUCAGUCACUCACUCACUCAUGCUGCCAGUCACUCACUCACUCAUGCUGUCAGUCACUCACUCACUCAUACUGUCAGUCACUCACACACUCACUCAUGCUGUGAGUCACUCACUCAGUCACUCGCUCAUGCUGUCAGUCACUCACUCACUCAUGCUGUCACUCACUCACUCACUCAUGCUGUCAGUCACUCACUCACUCAUGCUGUCAGUCAGUCACUCACUCAUGCUGUCAGUCACUCACUCACUCAUGCUGUCAGUCACUUACUCACUCAUGCUGUCAGUCACUCACUCAUGCUGUCAGUCACUCACUCACUCACUCAUGCUGUCAGUCACUCACUCACUCAUGCUGUCAGUCACUCACUCACUCAUGCUGUCAGUCACUCACUCACUCAUGCUGUCAGUCACUCACUCACUCAUGCUGUGAGUCACUCACUCACUCAUGCUGUCAGUCACUCACUCACUCAUCCUGUCAGUCACUCACCCACUCAUGCUGUCAGUCACUCACUCACUCAUGCUGUCAGUCACUCACUCACUCAUGCUGUCAGACACGCACUCACUCAUGCUGUCACUCACUCACUCACUCACUCACUCAUGCUAUCAGUCACUCACUCACUCAUGCUCUCAGUCACUCACUCACUCAUGCUGUCAGACACUCACUCACUCAUGCUGUCACUCACUCACUCACUCACUCAUGCUAUCAGUCACUCACUCACUCAUGCUCUCAGUCACUCACUCACUCAUGGUGUCAGUCACUCACUCACUCAUGCUGUGAGUCACUCACUCACUCACUCAUGCUGGGAGUCACUCACUCACUCACUCAUGCUGUCAGUCACUCACUCACUCAUGCUGUCAGUCACUCACUCACUCAUGCUGUCAGUCACUCACUCACUCAUGCUGUCAGUCACUCACUCACUCACUCAUGCUGUCAGUCACUCUCUCACUCAUGCUGUCAGACACUCACUCACUCAUGCUGUCACUCACUCACUCACUCACUCAUGCUAUCAGUCACUCACUCACUCAUGCUCUCAGUCACUCACUCACUCAUGCUGUCAGUCACUCACUCACUCAUGCUGUGAGUCACUCACUCACUCACUCAUGCUGGGAGUCACUCACUCACUCACUCAUGCUGUCAGUCACUCUCUCACUCAUGCUGUCAGUCACUCACUCACUCAUGCUGUCAGUCACUCACUCAUGCUGUCAGUCACUCACUCACUCAUGCUGUCAGUCACUCCGUCACUCACUCAUGCUGUGAGUCACUCACUCACUCACUCGCUCAUGCUGUCAGUCACUCACUCACUCAUGCUGUCACUCACUCACUCACUCAUGCUGUCAGUCACUCACUCACUCAUGCUGUCAGUCAGUCACUCACUCAUGCUGUCAGUCACUCACUCACUCAUGCUGUCAGUCACUUACUCAUGCUGUCAGUCACUCACUCACUCAUGCUGUCAGUCACUCACUCACUCACUCAUGCUGUCAGUCACUCACUCACUCACUCAUGCUGUCAGUCACUCACUCACUCAUGCUGUCAGUCACUCACUCACUCAUGCUGUCAGUCACUCACUCACUCAUGGUGUCAGUCACUCACUCACUCAUGCUGUCAGUCACUCACUCACUCACUCAUGCUGGGAGUCACUCACUCACUCACUCAUGCUGUCAGUCACUCUCUCACUCAUGCUGUCAGUCACUCACUCAUUCAUGCUGUCAGUCACUCACUCACUCAUGCUGUCAGUCACUCACUCACUCACUCAUGCUGUCAGUCACUCUCUCACUCAUGCUGUCAGACACUCACUCACUCAUGCUGUCACUCACUCACUCACUCACUCAUGCUAUCAUCACUCACUCACUCAUGCUGUCAGUCACUCACUCACUCAUGCUGUCAGUCACUCACUCACUCACUCAUGCUGUCAGUCACUCACUCACUCAUGCUGUCACUCACUCACUCACUCAUGCUGUCACUCACUCACUCACUCAUGCUGUCAGUCACUCACUCACUCAUGCUGUCAGUCACUCACUCACUCAUGCUGUCAGUCACUCACUCAUGCUGUCAGUCACUCACUCACUUAUGCUGUCAGUCACUCACUCACUCAUGCUGUCAGUCACUCACUCACUCACUCAUGCUGUCACUCAUUCACUCACUCAUGCUGUCACUCACUCACUCACUCAUGCUGUCAGUCACUCACUCACUCAUGCUGUCAGUCACUCACUCACUCAUGCUGUCAGUCACUCACUCACUCACUCAUGCUGUCAGUCACUCACUCACUCACUCAUGCUGUCACUCACUCACUCACUCAUGCUGUCACUCCCUCACUCACUCAUGUUGUCAGUCACUCACUCACUCAUGGUGUCAGUCACUCACUCACUCAUGGUGUCAGUCACUCACUCACUCAUGCUGUCAGUCACUCACUCACUCAUGCUGUCAGUCACUCACUCACUCAUACUGUCAGUCACUCAUACACUCACUCAUGCUGUGAGUCACUCACUCACUCACUCGCUCAUGCUGUCAGUCACUCACUCACUCAUGUUGUCAGUCACUCACUCACUCACUCAUGCUGUCACUCACUCACUCACUCAUGCUGUCACUCACUCAUGUUGUCAGUCACUCAAUCACUCAUGCUGUCAGUCACUCACUCACUCAUGGUGUCAGUCACUCACUCACUCAUGCUGCCAGUCACUCACUCACUCAUGCUGUCAGUCACUCACUCACUCAUACUGUCAGUCACUCACACACUCACUCAUGCUGUGAGUCACUCACUCACUCACUCGCUCAUGCUGUCAGUCACUCACUCACUCAUGCUGUCACUCACUCACUCACUCAUGCUGUCAGUCACUCACUCACUCAUGCUGUCAGUCAGUCACUCACUCAUGCUGUCAGUCACUCACUCACUCAUGCUGUCAGUCACUUACUCACUCAUGCUGUCAGUCACUCACUCACUCAUGCUGUCAGUCACUCACUCACUCACUCAUGCUGUCAGUCACUCACUCACUCAUGCUGUCAGUCACUCACUCACUCAUGCUGUCAGUCACUCACUCACUUACGCUGUCAGUCACUCACUCACUCAUGCUGUCAGUCACUCCGUCACUCACUCAUGCUGUGAGUCACUCACUCACUCACUCACUCAUGCUGUCAGUCACUCACUCACUCAUGCUGUUAGUCAGUCACUCACUCAUGCUGUCAGUCACUCACUCACUCAUGCUGUCAGUCACUUACUCAUGCUGUCAGUCACUCACUCACUCAUGCUGUCAGUCACUCACUCACUCACUCAUGCUGUCAUCACUCACUCACUCAUGCUGUCAGUCACUCACUCACUCAUGCUGUCAGUCACUCACUCACUCACUCAUGCUGUCAGUCACUCACUCACUCAUGCUGUCACUCACUCACUCACUCAUGCUGUCACUCACUCACUCACUCAUGCUGUCAGUCACUCACUCACUCAUGCUGUCAGUCACUCACUCACUCAUGCUGUCAGUCACUCACUCAUGCUGUCAGUCACUCACUCACUUAUGCUGUCAGUCACUCACUCACUCAUGCUGUCAGUCACUCACUCACUCACUCAUGCUGUCACUCAUUCACUCACUCAUGCUGUCACUCACUCACUCACUCAUGCUGUCAGUCACUCACUCACUCAUGCUGUCAGUCACUCACUCACUCAUGCUGUCAGUCACUCACUCACUCACUCAUGCUGUCAGUCACUCACUCACUUAUGCUGUCAGUCACUCACUCACUCAUGCUGUCAGUCACUCACUCACUCACUCAUGCUGUCACUCAUUCACUCACUCAUGCUGUCACUCACUCACUCACUCAUGCUGUCAGUCACUCACUCAUGCUGUCAGUCACUCACUCACUCAUGCUGUCAGUCACUCACUCACUCACUCAUGCUGUCAGUCACUCACUCACUCACUCAUGCUGUCACUCACUCACUCACUCAUGCUGUCACUCCCUCACUCACUCAUGUUGUCAGUCACUCACUCACUCAUGGUGUCAGUCACUCACUCACUCAUGGUGUCAGUCACUCACUCACUCAUGCUGUCAGUCACUCACUCACUCAUGCUUCACUCACUCACUCAUGCUGUCAGUCACUCACUCACUCACUCAUGCUGUCACUCACUCACUCACUCAUGCUGUCACUCACUCACUCACUCAUGUUGUCAGUCACUCACUCACUCAUGCUGUCAGUCACUCACUCACUCAUGGUGUCAGUCACUCACUCACUCAUGCUGCCAGUCACUCACUCACUCAUGCUGUCAGUCACUCACUCACUCAUACUGUCAGUCACUCACACACUCACUCAUGCUGUGAGUCACUCACUCACUCACUCGCUCAUGCUGUCAGUCACUCACUCACUCAUGCUGUCACUCACUCACUCACUCAUGCUGUCAGUCACUCACUCACUCAUGCUGUCAGUCAGUCACUCACUCAUGCUGUCAGUCACUCACUCACUCAUGCUGUCAGUCACUUACUCACUCAUGCUGUCAGUCACUCACUCACUCAUGCUGUCAGUCACUCACUCACUCACUCAUGCUGUCAGUCACUCACUCACUCAUGCUGUCAGUCACUCACUCACUCAUGCUGUCAGUCACUCACUCACUUACGCUGUCAGUCACUCACUCACUCAUGCUGUCAGUCACUCCGUCACUCACUCAUGCUGUGAGUCACUCACUCACUCACUCGCUCAUGCUGUCAGUCACUCACUCACUCAUGCUGUCAGUCACUCACUCACUCAUGCUGUCAGUCACUCACUCACUCAUGCUGUCAGUCAGUCACUCACUCAUGCUGUCAGUCACUCACUCACUCAUGCUGUCAGUCACUUACUCACUCAUGCUGUCAGUCACUCACUCACUCAUGCUGUCAGUCACUCACUCACUCACUCAUGCUGUCAGUCACUCACUCACUCUCUCAUGCUGUCAGUCACUCACUCACUCAUGCUGUCAGUCACUCACUCACUCAUGCUGUCAGUCACUCACUCACUCAUGCUGUCAGUCACUCACUCACUCAUGCUGUCAGUCACUCACUCACUCACUCAUGCUGGGAGUCACUCACUCACUCACUCAUGCUGUCAGUCACUCUCUCACUCAUGCUGUCUGUCACUCACUCACUCAUGCUAUCAGUCACUCACUCACUCAUGCUGUCAGUCACUCACUCACUCAUGCUGUCAGUCACUCACUCACUCAUGCUGUCAGUCACUCACUCACUCAUGCUGUCACUCACUCACUCACUCAUGCUGUCAGUCAUUCACUCACUCAUGCUGGGAGUCACUCACUCACUCACUCAUGCUGUCAGUCACUCUCUCACUCAUGCUGUCAGUCACUCACUCACUCAUGCUGUCAGUCAGUCACUCACUCAUGCUGUCAGUCACUCACUCACUCACUCAUGCUGUCAGUCACUCUCUCACUCAUGCUGUCAGACACUCACUCACUCAUGCUGUCACUCACUCACUCACUCACUCAUGCUAUCAAUCACUCACUCACUCAUGCUCUCAGUCACUCACUCACUCAUGCUGUCAGUCACUCACUCACUCAUGCUGUGAGUCACUCACUCACUCACUCAUGCUGUCAGUCACUCUCUCACUCAUGCUGUCUGUCACUCACUCACUCAUGCUGUCACUCACUCACUCACUCAUGCUGGGAGUCACUCACUCACUCACUCAUGCUGUCAGUCACUAUCUCACUCAUGCUGUCAGUCACUCACUCACUCAUGCUGUCAGUCACUCACUCACUCAUGCUGUCAGUCACUCACUCACUCAUGCUGUCAGUCACUCACUCACUCACUCAUGCUGUCACUCACUCACUCACUCAUGCUGUCAGUCACUUACUCACUCAUGCUGUCAGUCACUCACUCACUCAUGCUGUCAGUCACUCACUCACUCACUCAUGCUGUCAGUCACUCACUCACUCAUGCUGUCAGUCACUCACUCACUCAUGCUGUCAGUCACUCACUCAGUUACGCUGUCAGUCACUCACUCACUCAUGCUGUCAGUCACUCCGUCACUCACUCAUGCUGUGAGUCACUCACUCACUCACUCGCUCAUGCUGUCAGUCACUCACUCACUCAUGCUGUCACUCACUCACUCACUCAUGCUGUCAGUCACUCACUCACUCAUGCUGUCAGUCAGUCACUCACUCAUGCUGUCAGUCACUCACUCACUCAUGCUGUCAGUCACUUACUCACUCAUGCUGUCAGUCACUCACUCACUCAUGCUGUCAGUCACUCACUCACUCACUCAUGCUGUCAGUCACUCACUCACUCUCUCAUGCUGUCAGUCACUCACUCACUCAUGCUGUCAGUCACUCACUCACUCAUGCUGUCAGUCACUCACUCACUCAUGGUGUCAGUCACUCACUCACUCAUGCUGUCAGUCACUCACUCACUCACUCAUGCUGGGAGUCACUCACUCACUCACUCAUGCUGUCAGUCACUCUCUCACUCAUGCUGUCUGUCACUCACUCACUCAUGCUGUCAGUCACUCACUCACUCAUGCUGUCAGUCACUCACUCACUCAUGCUGUCAGUCACUCACUCACUCAUGCUGUCAGUCACUCACUCACUCAUGCUGUCAGUCAUUCACUCACUCAUGCUGGGAGUCACUCACUCACUCACUCAUGCUGUCAGUCACUCUCUCAUGCUGUCAGUCACUCACUCACUCAUGCUGUCAGUCACUCACUCACUCAUGCUGUCAGUCACUCACUCACUCAUGGUGUCAGUCACUCACUCACUCAUGCUGUCAGUCACUCACUCACUCACUCAUGCUGGGAGUCACUCACUCACUCACUCAUGCUGUCAGUCACUCUCUCACUCAUGCUGUCUGUCACUCACUCACUCAUGCUGUCAGUCACUCACUCACUCAUGCUGUCAGUCACUCACUCACUCAUGCUGUCAGUCACUCACUCACUCAUGCUGUCAGUCACUCACUCACUCAUGCUGUCAGUCAUUCACUCACUCAUGCUGGGAGUCACUCACUCACUCACUCAUGCUGUCAGUCACUCUCUCACUCAUGCUGUCAGUCACUCACUCACUCAUGCUGUCAACACUCACUCACUCAUGCUGUCACUCACUCACUCACUCACUCAUGCUAUCAGUCACUCACUCACUCAUGCUCUCAGUCACUCACUCACUCAUGCUGUCAGUCACUCACUCACUCAUGCUGUGAGUCACUCACUCACUCACUCAUGCUGGGAGUCACUCACUCACUCACUCAUGCUGUCAGUCACUCUCUCACUCAUGCUGUCAGUCACUCACUCACUCAUGCUGUCAGUCACUCACUCACUCAUGCUGUCAGUCACUCACUCACUCAUGCUGUCAGUCACUCACUCACUUACGCUGUCAGUCACUCACUCACUCAUGCUGUCAGUCACUCCGUCACUCACUCAUGCUGUGAGUCACUCACUCACUCACUCGCUCAUGCUGUCAGUCACUCACUCACUCAUGCUGUCACUCACUCACUCACUCAUGCUGUCAGUCACUCACUCACUCAUGCUGUCAGUCACUCACUCACUCAUGCUGUCAGUCACUCACUCACUCAUGCUGUCAAUCACUCACUCACUCAUGCUGUCAGUCACUCACUCACUCAUGCUGUCAGUCACUCACUCACUCAUGCUGUCAGUCAUUCACUCACUCAUGCUGGGAGUCACUCACUCACUCACUCAUGCUGUCAGUCACUCUCUCACUCAUGCUGUCAGUCACUCACUCACUCAUGCUGUCAGUCACUCACUCACUCAUGCUGUCAGUCACUCACUCACUCACUCAUGCUGUCAGUCACUCUCUCACUCAUGCUGUCAGACACUCACUCACUCAUGCUGUCACUCACUCACUCACUCACUCAUGCUAUCAAUCACUCACUCACUCAUGCUCUCAGUCACUCACUCACUCAUGCUGUCAGACACUCACUCACUCAUGCUGUCACUCACUCACUCACUCACUCAUGCUAUCAAUCACUCACUCACUCAUGCUCUCAGUCACUCACUCACUCAUGCUGUCAGUCACUCUCUCACUCAUGCUGUCUGUCAUUCACUCACUCAUGCUGGGAGUCACUCACUCACUCACUCAUGCUGUCAGUCACUCUCUCAUGCUGUCAGUCACUCACUCACUCAUGCUGUCAGUCACUCUCUCACUCAUGCUGUCAGUCACUCACUCACUCAUGGUGUCAGUCACUCACUCACUCAUGCUGUCAGUCACUCACUCACUCACUCAUGCUGGGAGUCACUCACUCACUCACUCAUGCUGUCAGUCACUCUCUCACUCAUGCUGUCUGUCACUCACUCACUCAUGCUGUCAGUCACUCACUCACUCAUGCUGUCAGUCACUCACUCACUCAUGCUGUCAGUCACUCACUCACUCAUGCUGUCAGUCACUCACUCACUCAUGCUGUCAGUCAUUCACUCACUCAUGCUGGGAGUCACUCACUCACUCACUCAUGCUGUCAGUCACUCUCUCAUGCUGUCAGUCACUCACUCACUCAUGCUGUCAGUCACUCACUCACUCAUGCUGUCAGUCACUCACUCACUCAUGCUGUCAGUCACUCACUCACUCAUGCUGUCAGUCACUCACUCACUCACUCAUGCUGGGAGUCACUCACUCACUCACUCAUGCUGUCAGUCACUCUCUCACUCAUGCUGUCUGUCACUCACUCACUCAUGCUGUCAGUCACUCACUCACUCAUGCUGUCAGUCACUCACUCACUCAUGCUGUCAGUCACUCACUCACUCAUGCUGUCAGUCACUCACUCACUCAUGCUGUCAGUCACUCACUCACUCAUGCUGUCAGUCAUUCACUCACUCAUGCUGGGAGUCACUCACUCACUCACUCAUGCUGUCAGUCACUCUCUCACUCAUGCUGUCAGUCACUCACUCACUCAUGCUGUCAGUCACUCACUCACUCAUGCUGUCAGUCACUCACUCACUCACUCAUGCUGUCAGUCACUCUCUCACUCAUGCUGUCAGACACUCACUCACUCAUGCUGUCACUCACUCACUCACUCACUCAUGCUAUCAAUCACUCACUCACUCAUGCUCUCAGUCACUCACUCACUCAUGCUGUCAGUCACUCACUCACUCAUGCUGUGAGUCACUCACUCACUCACUCAUGCUGUCAGUCACUCUCUCACUCAUGCUGUCUGUCAUUCACUCACUCAUGCUGGGAGUCACUCACUCACUCACUCAUGCUGUCAGUCACUCUCUCAUGCUGUCAGUCACUCACUCACUCAUGCUGUCAGUCACUCUCUCACUCAUGCUGUCAGUCACUCACUCACUCAUGGUGUCAGUCACUCACUCACUCAUGCUGUCAGUCACUCACUCACUCACUCAUGCUGGGAGUCACUCACUCACUCACUCAUGCUGUCAGUCACUCUCUCACUCAUGCUGUCUGUCACUCACUCACUCAUGCUGUCAGUCACUCACUCACUCAUGCUGUCAGUCACUCACUCACUCAUGCUGUCAGUCACUCACUCACUCAUGCUGUCAGUCACUCACUCACUCAUGCUGUCAGUCAUUCACUCACUCAUGCUGGGAGUCACUCACUCACUCACUCAUGCUGUCAGUCACUCUCUCAUGCUGUCAGUCACUCACUCACUCAUGCUGUCAGUCACUCACUCACUCAUGCUGUCAGUCACUCACUCACUCAUGGUGUCAGUCACUCACUCACUCAUGCUGUCAGUCACUCACUCACUCACUCAUGCUGGGAGUCACUCACUCACUCACUCAUGCUGUCAGUCACUCUCUCACUCAUGCUGUCUGUCACUCACUCACUCAUGCUGUCAGUCACUCACUCACUCAUGCUGUCAGUCACUCACUCACUCAUGCUGUCAGUCACUCACUCACUCAUGCUGUCAGUCACUCACUCACUCAUGCUGUCAGUCAUUCACUCACUCAUGCUGGGAGUCACUCACUCACUCACUCAUGCUGUCACUCACUCUCUCACUCAUGCUGUCAGUCACUCACUCACUCAUGCUGUCAGUCACUCACUCACUCAUGCUGUCAGUCACUCACUCACUCACUCAUGCUGUCAGUCACUCUCUCACUCAUGCUGUCAGACACUCACUCACUCAUGCUGUCACUCACUCACUCACUCACUCAUGCUAUCAGUCACUCACUCACUCAUGCUCUCAGUCACUCACUCACUCAUGCUGUCAGUCACUCACUCACUCAUGCUGUGAGUCACUCACUCACUCACUCAUGCUGGGAGUCACUCACUCACUCACUCAUGCUGUCAGUCACUCUCUCACUCAUGCUGUCAGUCACUCACUCACUCAUGCUGUCAGUCACUCACUCACUCAUGCUGUCAGUCACUCACUCACUUAUGCUGUCAGUCACUCACUCACUUACGCUGUCAGUCACUCACUCACUCAUGCUGUCAGUCACUCCGUCACUCACUCAUGCUGUGAGUCACUCACUCACUCACUCGCUCAUGCUGUCAGUCACUCACUCACUCAUGCUGUCACUCACUCACUCACUCAUGCUGUCAGUCACUCACUCACUCAUGCUGUCAGUCAGUCACUCACUCAUGCUGUCAGUCACUCACUCACUCAUGCUGUCAGUCACUUACUCACUCAUGCUGUCAGUCACUCACUCACUCAUGCUGUCAGUCACUCACUCACUCACUCAUGCUGUCAGUCACUCACUCACUCAUGCUGUCAGUCACUCACUCACUCACUCAUGCUGUCAGUCACUCACUCACUCUCUCAUGCUGUCAGUCACUCACUCACUCAUGCUGUCAGUCACUCACUCACUCAUGCUGUCAGUCACUCACUCACUCAUGCUGUCAGUCACUCACUCACUCAUGCUGUCAGUCACUCACUCACUCACUCAUGCUGGGAGUCACUCACUCACUCACUCAUGCUGUCAGUCACUCUCUCACUCAUGCUGUCUGUCACUCACUCACUCAUGCUGUCAGUCACUCACUCACUCAUGCUGUCAGUCACUCACUCACUCAUGCUGUCAGUCACUCACUCACUCAUGCUGUCAGUCACUCACUCACUCAUGCUGUCAGUCACUCACUCACUCAUGCUGUCAGUCAUUCACUCACUCAUGCUGGGAGUCACUCACUCACUCACUCAUGCUGUCAGUCACUCUCUCACUCAUGCUGUCAGUCACUCACUCACUCAUGCUGUCAGUCACUCACUCACUCAUGCUGUCAGUCACUCACUCACUCACUCAUGCUGUCAGUCACUCUCUCACUCAUGCUGUCAGACACUCACUCACUCAUGCUGUCACUCACUCACUCACUCACUCAUGCUAUCAAUCACUCACUCACUCAUGCUCUCAGUCACUCACUCACUCAUGCUGUCAGUCACUCACUCACUCAUGCUGUGAGUCACUCACUCACUCACUCAUGCUGUCAGUCACUCUCUCACUCAUGCUGUCUGUCACUCACUCACUCAUGCUGUCACUCACUCACUCACUCAUGCUGGGAGUCACUCACUCACUCACUCAUGCUGUCAGUCACUCUCUCACUCAUGCUGUCAGUCACUCACUCACUCAUGCUGUCAGUCACUCACUCACUCAUGCUGUCAGUCACUCACUCACUCAUGCUGUCAGUCACUCACUCACUCACUCAUGCUGUCACUCACUCACUCACUCAUGCUGUCAGUCACUUACUCACUCAUGCUGUCAGUCACUCACUCACUCAUGCUGUCAGUCACUCACUCACUCACUCAUGCUGUCAGUCACUCACUCACUCAUGCUGUCAGUCACUCACUCACUCAUGCUGUCAGUCACUCACUCAGUUACGCUGUCAGUCACUCACUCACUCAUGCUGUCAGUCACUCCGUCACUCACUCAUGCUGUGAGUCACUCACUCACUCACUCGCUCAUGCUGUCAGUCACUCACUCACUCAUGCUGUCACUCACUCACUCACUCAUGCUGUCAGUCACUCACUCACUCAUGCUGUCAGUCAGUCACUCACUCAUGCUGUCAGUCACUCACUCACUCAUGCUGUCAGUCACUUACUCACUCAUGCUGUCAGUCACUCACUCACUCAUGCUGUCAGUCACUCACUCACUCACUCAUGCUGUCAGUCACUCACUCACUCUCUCAUGCUGUCAGUCACUCACUCACUCAUGCUGUCAGUCACUCACUCACUCAUGCUGUCAGUCACUCACUCACUCAUGCUGUCAGUCACUCACUCACUCAUGCUGUCAGUCACUCACUCACUCACUCAUGCUGGGAGUCACUCACUCACUCACUCAUGCUGUCAGUCACUCUCUCACUCAUGCUGUCUGUCACUCACUCACUCAUGCUGUCAGUCACUCACUCACUCAUGCUGUCAGUCACUCACUCACUCAUGCUGUCAGUCACUCACUCACUCAUGCUGUCAGUCACUCACUCACUCAUGCUGUCAGUCACUCACUCACUCAUGCUGUCAGUCAUUCACUCACUCAUGCUGGGAGUCACUCACUCACUCACUCAUGCUGUCAGUCACUCUCUCACUCAUGCUGUCAGUCACUCACUCACUCAUGCUGUCAGUCACUCACUCACUCAUGCUGUCAGUCACUCACUCACUCACUCAUGCUGUCAGUCACUCUCUCACUCAUGCUGUCAGACACUCACUCACUCAUGCUGUCACUCACUCACUCACUCACUCAUGCUAUCAAUCACUCACUCACUCAUGCUCUCAGUCACUCACUCACUCAUGCUGUCAGUCACUCACUCACUCAUGCUUCACUCACUCACUCAUGCUGUCAGUCACUCACUCACUCAUGCUGUCAGUCACUCACUCACUCAUGCUGUCAGUCACUCACUCACUCACUCAUGCUGUCACUCACUCACUCACUCAUGCUGUCAGUCACUUACUCACUCAUGCUGUCAGUCACUCACUCACUCAUGCUGUCAGUCACUCACUCACUCACUCAUGCUGUCAGUCACUCACUCACUCAUGCUGUCAGUCACUCACUCACUCAUGCUGUCAGUCACUCACUCAGUUACGCUGUCAGUCACUCACUCACUCAUGCUGUCAGUCACUCCGUCACUCACUCAUGCUGUGAGUCACUCACUCACUCACUCGCUCAUGCUGUCAGUCACUCACUCACUCAUGCUGUCACUCACUCACUCACUCAUGCUGUCAGUCACUCACUCACUCAUGCUGUCAGUCAGUCACUCACUCAUGCUGUCAGUCACUCACUCACUCAUGCUGUCAGUCACUUACUCACUCAUGCUGUCAGUCACUCACUCACUCAUGCUGUCAGUCACUCACUCACUCACUCAUGCUGUCAGUCACUCACUCACUCUCUCAUGCUGUCAGUCACUCACUCACUCAUGCUGUCAGUCACUCACUCACUCAUGCUGUCAGUCACUCACUCACUCAUGGUGUCAGUCACUCACUCACUCAUGCUGUCAGUCACUCACUCACUCACUCAUGCUGGGAGUCACUCACUCACUCACUCAUGCUGUCAGUCACUCUUUCACUCAUGCUGUCUGUCACUCACUCACUCAUGCUGUCAGUCACUCACUCACUCAUGCUGUCAGUCACUCACUCACUCAUGCUGUCAGUCACUCACUCACUCAUGCUGUCAGUCACUCACUCACUCAUGCUGUCAGUCAUUCACUCACUCAUGCUGGGAGUCACUCACUCACUCACUCAUGCUGUCAGUCACUCUCUCAUGCUGUCAGUCACUCACUCACUCAUGCUGUCAGUCACUCACUCACUCAUGCUGUCAGUCACUCACUCACUCAUGGUGUCAGUCACUCACUCACUCAUGCUGUCAGUCACUCACUCACUCACUCAUGCUGGGAGUCACUCACUCACUCACUCAUGCUGUCAGUCACUCUCUCACUCAUGCUGUCUGUCACUCACUCACUCAUGCUGUCAGUCACUCACUCACUCAUGCUGUCAGUCACUCACUCACUCAUGCUGUCAGUCACUCACUCACUCAUGCUGUCAGUCACUCACUCACUCAUGCUGUCAGUCAUUCACUCACUCAUGCUGGGAGUCACUCACUCACUCACUCAUGCUGUCAGUCACUCUCUCACUCAUGCUGUCAGUCACUCACUCACUCAUGCUGUCAGUCACUCACUCACUCAUGCUGUCAGUCACUCACUCACUCACUCAUGCUGUCAGUCACUCUCUCACUCAUGCUGUCAGACACUCACUCACUCAUGCUGUCACUCACUCACUCACUCACUCAUGCUAUCAGUCACUCACUCACUCAUGCUCUCAGUCACUCACUCACUCAUGCUGUCAGUCACUCACUCACUCAUGCUGUGAGUCACUCACUCACUCACUCAUGCUGGGAGUCACUCACUCACUCACUCAUGCUGUCAGUCACUCUCUCACUCAUGCUGUCAGUCACUCACUCACUCAUGCUGUCAGUCACUCACUCACUCAUGCUGUCAGUCACUCACUCACUCAUGCUGUCAGUCACUCACUCACUUACGCUGUCAGUCACUCACUCACUCAUGCUGUCAGUCACUCCGUCACUCACUCAUGCUGUGAGUCACUCACUCACUCACUCGCUCAUGCUGUCAGUCACUCACUCACUCAUGCUGUCACUCACUCACUCACUCAUGCUGUCAGUCACUCACUCACUCAUGCUGUCAGUCAGUCACUCACUCAUGCUGUCAGUCACUCACUCACUCAUGCUGUCAGUCACUUACUCACUCAUGCUGUCAGUCACUCACUCACUCAUGCUGUCAGUCACUCACUCACUCACUCAUGCUGUCAGUCACUCACUCACUCUCUCAUGCUGUCAGUCACUCACUCACUCAUGCUGUCAGUCACUCACUCACUCAUGCUGUCAGUCACUCACUCACUCAUGGUGUCAGUCACUCACUCACUCAUGCUGUCAGUCACUCACUCACUCACUCAUGCUGGGAGUCACUCACUCACUCACUCAUGCUGUCAGUCACUCUCUCACUCAUGCUGUCUGUCACUCACUCACUCAUGCUGUCAGUCACUCACUCACUCAUGCUGUCAGUCAGUCACUCACUCAUGCUGUCAGUCACUCACUCACUCAUGCUGUCGGUCACUCACUCACUCAUGCUGUCAGUCAUUCACUCACUCAUGCUGGGAGUCACUCACUCACUCACUCAUGCUGUCAGUCACUCUCUCACUCAUGCUAUCAGUCACUCACUCACUCAUGCUGUCAGUCACUCACUCACUCAUGCUGUCAGUCACUCACUCACUCAUGCUGUGAGUCACUCACUCACUCACUCAUGCUGGGAGUCACUCACUCACUCACUCAUGCUGUCAGUCACUCUCUCACUCAUGCUGUCAGUCACUCACUCACUCAUGCUGUCAGUCACUCACUCACUCAUGCUGUCAGUCACUCCGUCACUCACUCAUGCUGUCAGUCACUCACUCACUCAUGCUGUCAGUCAUUCACUAUCUCACUCAUGCUGUCAGUCACUCACUCACUCUCUCAUGCUGUCAGUCACUCACUCACUCAUGCUGUCAGUCACUCACUCACUCAUGCUGUCAGUCACUCACUCACUCAUGGUGUCAGUCACUCACUCACUCAUGCUGUCAGUCACUCACUCACUCACUCAUGCUGGGAGUCACUCACUCACUCACUCAUGCUGUCAGUCACUCUCUCACUCAUGCUGUCUGUCACUCACUCACUCAUGCUGUCAGUCACUCACUCACUCAUGCUGUCAGUCACUCCGUCACUCACUCAUGCUGUGAGUCACUCACUCACUCACUCGCUCAUGCUGUCAGUCACUCACUCACUCAUGCUGUCACUCACUCACUCACUCAUGCUGUCAGUCACUCACUCACUCAUGCUGUCAGUCAGUCACUCACUCAUGCUGUCAGUCACUCACUCACUCAUGCUGUCAGUCACUUACUCACUCAUGCUGUCAGUCACUCACUCACUCAUGCUGUCAGUCACUCACUCACUCACUCAUGCUGUCAGUCACUCACUCACUCUCUCAUGCUGUCAGUCACUCACUCACUCAUGCUGUCAGUCACUCACUCACUCAUGCUGUCAGUCACUCACUCACUCAUGGUGUCAGUCACUCACUCACUCAUGCUGUCAGUCACUCACUCACUCACUCAUGCUGGGAGUCACUCACUCACUCACUCAUGCUGUCAGUCACUCUCUCACUCAUGCUGUCUGUCACUCACUCACUCAUGCUGUCAGUCACUCACUCACUCAUGCUGUCAGUCAGUCACUCACUCAUGCUGUCAGUCACUCACUCACUCAUGCUGUCGGUCACUCACUCACUCAUGCUGUCAGUCAUUCACUCACUCAUGCUGGGAGUCACUCACUCACUCACUCAUGCUGUCAGUCACUCUCUCACUCAUGCUAUCAGUCACUCACUCACUCAUGCUGUCAGUCACUCACUCACUCAUGCUGUCAGUCACUCACUCACUCAUGCUGUGAGUCACUCACUCACUCACUCAUGCUGGGAGUCACUCACUCACUCACUCAUGCUGUCAGUCACUCUCUCACUCAUGCUGUCAGUCACUCACUCACUCAUGCUGUCAGUCACUCACUCACUCAUGCUGUCAGUCACUCCGUCACUCACUCAUGCUGUCAGUCACUCACUCACUCAUGCUGUCAGUCACUCACUCACUCACUCAUGCUGUCAGUCACUCACUCACUCUCUCAUGCUGUCAGUCACUCACUCACUCAUGCUGUCAGUCACUCACUCACUCAUGCUGUCAGUCACUCACUCACUCAUGGUGUCAGUCACUCACUCACUCAUGCUGUCAGUCACUCACUCACUCACUCAUGCUGGGAGUCACUCACUCACUCACUCAUGCUGUCAGUCACUCUCUCACUCAUGCUGUCUGUCACUCACUCACUCAUGCUGUCAGUCACUCACUCACUCAUGCUGUCAGUCACUCACUCACUCAUGCUGUCAGUCACUCACUCACUCAUGCUGUCGAUCACUCACUCACUCAUGCUGUCAGUCAUUCACUCACUCAUGCUGGGAGUCACUCACUCACUCACUCAUGCUGUCAGUCACUCUCUCACUCAUGCUAUCAGUCACUCACUCACUCAUGCUGUCAGUCACUCACUCACUCAUGCUGUCAGUCACUCACUCACUCAUGCUGUGAGUCACUCACUCACUCACUCAUGCUGGGAGUCACUCACUCACUCACUCAUGCUGUCAGUCACUCUCUCACUCAUGCUGUCAGUCACUCACUCACUCAUGCUGUCAGUCACUCACUCACUCAUGCUGUCAGUCACUCCGUCACUCACUCAUGCUGUCAUCACUCACUCACUCAUGCUGUCAGUCACUCACUCACUCAUGCUGUCAGUCACUCACUCACUUACGCUGUCAGUCACUCACUCACUCAUGCUGUCAGUCACUCCGUCACUCACUCAUGCUGUGAGUCACUCACUCACUCACUCGCUCAUGCUGUCAGUCACUCACUCACUCAUGCUGUCACUCACUCACUCACUCAUGCUGUCAGUCACUCACUCACUCAUGCUGUCAGUCACUCACUCACUCAUGCUGUCAGUCACUCACUCACUUACGCUGUCAGUCACUCACUCACUCAUGCUGUCAGUCACUCCGUCACUCACUCAUGCUGUGAGUCACUCACUCACUCACUCGCUCAUGCUGUCAGUCACUCACUCACUCAUGCUGUCACUCACUCACUCACUCAUGCUGUCAGUCACUCACUCACUCAUGCUUUUAGUCGGAGCACGAGUGCUUUCCAUCCAAUCAAGUUCUCCCGUUUCUGCCAUCGCUGCUGAUACACAAGCUUCUGCCCCCACCUGCUCGUCUCGUUCCUCUGCUCCCGUUGCUGCUGAUAUACACGCUCGUGCCUCCAUCCCCUCAUCUUUCCUUUCCGCUUUCGCUACUGCUGAUGUGCAUGCCUGUGCCCACACCUUCCCUUCUUUCCCUUCCGUUCUCACUGGAGCACAUGCCCAUGCCCCCACCUUCUCGUUCUCCCUGUCCGCUUCCGCCGCUGCUGGUACACACGCCUGUGUUCUCACCUUCUCUUCUCUCCCUUCCGGUUCUACUACUUCUGGUGUGCACGUCUGUGCCCCCACCCUCUCUGCCUUGCUUUCCGCUUCUGCUACUGCUGGCAUACCCUUCUACCGCCGCCUCCCCUUUUGCUUCUGCGCUGGUCCUGUCCCGCCUCGCUUCGCAGGUCCUCCGCACUCAUCCGUGCUCCUGCUCGCCCCCACUGCCGCUCUGGCGAGCAAUGCGCCCUCGCCCAGCCUUCUCUAUGCGUUCCUCGCUGCCAGUGCCUCUCGGGCGAAGGGGAUCUCUCGUCCCUUCUCCCUCCGUGCCCGCGGCGACUGUCUUGCAGAUGCCACUCCUCCUCCCAUCUCCCUCCCUGCUUGCGCUGCAGACCUGGCGAACGUGUCUCACCCCUUGCCCUUCCCGCGUAGUGCCGCCACGGAUCAGGUGAGCCAGACCCGCCAGUCUGUCGUCUAUCAUGUUGCCCAUGCCGAUCAGGCGAGCGCAACCCGCCCCCCUGCCUCCCAUCAUGGUGCUGACGCACCUCAGGCGAGCGCGACCCUCCGUUCCGCCCUCCUCCGCGCUGCCAACGCGGAUCAGGUGAGAACUCGUCCUCGCGCACUUCCUGUUGCUCCUCCGCCCGCCCCCGCUGCUGCUCUGAUGAGUGAUUCACCUUCUCACGCCUCUCCUGCUUCCUGCGUCGGCGCCGCUCCAGAUUAUACCCAUAUUCCUCCUCUUCACUAUACUCAUGUUCCUUCGCUUCACACAGCUCCUCAUCACUCCUUUUCGUCUUCUCCCUCCCUUCCUUACCCUCAGGGGAAUCUUCUUGACACCGCCUCCCUCGUCCGCCUGCUCCUCGGCGCCCAUGAUAUUCUCUUACCCUUCCCUUGGCACUUCCCGAGCUCCAGCACCAACCCUGCUCCUGCGCACGGGUACUCUUUCAUUCCUUUACGGCGUGCUCUCGCAUCCGCCCCCGCGAUGUACUGCGACAAACACUCACUCCCCUUAACACGCGCUUCCCCCUCCUCCUGCCGCUGCCGUGCGGGCGAGCGCUGCGCGUGCCCCCUACCGCGGUCGUUCCCCCUUUCCUCUCGCCGCAGCUCUGGUGAUCGCCCUCCACCCAACGCCAGGCGCCUCCUGCGCUCGUGUCCGCGUCUUGGUUCAGGCGAGCCAUACAUACCCGCCUGCGCGUCUCGCCUCCUCAUUUCCUCACGGCUGGCUUCUGGCGCGCGCUCAGCCUCCUUGUCUUCGCCGUGCCUUGCGUUACUUCCGCGCAUCCUGCCUGGCGAGCGAUUUGCAUCCGUGCUCCCCCGGCGCCCCGCGCCAUUCUCAAGCAUUUCGCCCACCGACCCGUCUGCAUCCGCGCUACCGCGGCGCCUCGCGCCAUCCCUGCGCAUUUCGCCCGUCGAAUCGUCUGAAUCCGCGCUCCCGCGGCGCCUUACGCUGCCGUCACCCAUUUCGUCCGCCGCGCGACCUGAAUCCGCGCUUCCAUGGCGCCUUACGCUGCCGUCACCCAUUUCGUCCGCCACACGACCUGAAUCCGCGCUUCCCUGGCGCCUUACGCUGCCGUCACCCAUUUCGUCCGCCGCGCGACCUGAAUCCGCGCUUCCCUGGCGCCUUACGCUGCCGUCACCCAUUUCGUCCGCCGCGCGACCUGAAUCCGUGCUUCCCUGGCGCCUUACGCUGCCGUCACCCAUUUCGUCCGCCGCGCGACCUGAAUCCGCGCUUCCCUGGCGCCUUACGCUGCCGUCACCCAUUUCGUCCGCCGCGCGACCUGAAUCCGCGCUUCCCUGGCGCCUUACGCUGCCGUCACCCAUUUCGUCCGCCGCGCGACCUGAAUCCGCGCUUCCAUGGCGCCUUACGCUGCCGUCACCCAUUUCGUCCGCCGCGCGACCUGAAUCCGCACUCCCCUGGCGCCUUACGCUGCCGUCACCCAUUUCGUCCGCCGCGCGACCUGCAUCCGCGCUUCCGCGGCGCCUUGCGCUGCCUCCGCGCAUCCCUUCCGGCGAGCCACUUGCUCCCGCGUCCUUGCUCCCGUCGUCGCGCUCUUCUUCCGCGCCUUUUUCCUCUUCACCAACCCGCACCAUCGGGAUCUGUCACUCACUCACUCAUGCUGUCAGUCACUCACUCACUCACUCAUGCUGUCAGUCACUCACUCACUCUCUCAUGCUGUCAGUCACUCACUCACUCAUGCUGUCAGUCACUCACUCACUCAUGCUGUCAGUCACUCACUCACUCAUGGUGUCUGUCACUCACUCACUCAUGCUGUCAGUCACUCACUCACUCACUCAUGCUGGGAGUCACUCACUCACUCACUCAUGCUGUCAGUCACUCUCUCACUCAUGCUGUCAGUCACUCACUCACUCAUGCUGUCAGUCACUCACUCACUCAUGCUGUCAGUCACUCACUCACUCACUCAUGCUGUCAGUCACUCUCUCACUCAUGCUGUCAGACACUCACUCACUCAUGCUGUCACUCACUCACUCACUCACUCAUGCUAUCAGUCACUCACUCACUCAUGCUCUCAGUCACUCACUCACUCAUGCUGUCAGUCACUCACUCACUCAUGCUGUGAGUCACUCACUCACUCACUCAUGCUGGGAGUCACUCACUCACUCACUCAUGCUGUCAGUCACUCUCUCACUCAUGCUGUCAGUCACUCACUCACUCAUGCUGUCAGUCACUCACUCACUCAUGCUGUCAGUCACUCACUCACUCACUCAUGCUGUCACUCACUCACUCACUCAUGCUGUCACUCACUCACUCACUCAUGCUGUCAGUCACUCCGUCACUCACUCAUGCUGUGAGUCACUCACUCACUCACUCGCUCAUGCUGUCAGUCACUCACUCACUCAUGCUGUCACUCACUCACUCACUCAUGCUGUCAGUCACUCACUCACUCAUGCUCUCAGUCACUCACUCACUCAUGCUGUCAGUCACUCUCUCACUCAUGCUGUCAGUCACUCACUCACUCAUGCUGUCAGUCACUCACUCACUCGUGCUGUCAUCACUCACUCACUCAUGCUGUCAGUCACUCACUCACUCAUGCUGUCAGUCACUCACUCACUCACUCAUGCUGUGAGUCACUCACUCACUCACUCGCUCAUGCUGUCAGUCACUCACUCACUCAUGCUGUCACUCAGUCACUCACUCAUGCUGUCAGUCACUCACUCACUCAUGCUGUCAGUCAGUCACUCACUCAUGCUGUCAGUCACUCACUCACUCAUGCUGUCAGUCACUUACUCAUGCUGUCAGUCACUCACUCACUCAUGCUGUCAGUCACUCACUCACUCACUCGUGCUGUCAGUCACUCACUCACUCACUCAUGCUGUCAGUCACUCACUCACUCAUGCUGUCAGUCACUCACUCACUCAUGCUGUCAGUCACUCACUCACUCAUGCUGUCAGUCACCCACUCACUCAUGCUGUCAGUCACUCACUCACUCAUGCUGUCAGACACUCACUCACUCAUGCUGUCACUCACUCACUCACUCACUCAUGCUAUCAGUCACUCACUCACUCAUGCUCUCAGUCACUCACUCAUGCUGUCAGUCACUCACUCACUCAUGCUGUGAGUCACUCACUCACUCACUCAUGCUGGGAGUCACUCACUCACUCACUCAUGAUGUCAGUCACUCACUCUCUCAUGCUGUCAGUCACUCACUCACUCAUGCUGUCAGUCACUCACUCACUCAUGCUGUCAGUCACUCACUCACUCAUGCUGUCAGUCACUCACUCACUCAUGCUGUCAGUCACCCACUCACUCAUGCUGUCAGUCACUCACUCACUCAUGCUGUCAGUCACUCACUCACUCAUGCUGUCAGUCACUCACUCACUCAUGCUGUCAGUCACUCACCCACUCAUGCUAUCAGUCACUCACUCACUCAUGCUGUCAGUCACUCACUCACUCAUGCUGUCAGUCACCCACUCACUCAUGCUGUCAGUCACUCACUCACUCAUGCUGUCAGUCACUCACUCACUCAUGCUGUCAGUCACUCACUCACUCAUGCUGUCAGUCACUCACUCACUCAUGCUGUCAGUCACUCACCCACUCAUGCUGUCAGUCACUCACUCACUCAUGCUGUCAGUCACUCACUCACUCAUGCUGUCAGUCACUCACUCACUCAUGCUAUCAGUCACUCACUCAAUCAUGCUGUCAGUCACUCACUCACUCACUCAUGCUGGGAGUCACUCACUCACUCACUCAUGCUGUCAGUCACUCUCUCACUCAUGCUGUCAGUCACUCACUCACUCAUGCUGUCAGUCACUCACUCACUCAUGCUGUCAGUCACUCACUCACUCACUCAUGCUGUCACUCACUCACUCACUCAUACUUCACUCACCCACUCAUGCUGUCAGUCACUCACUCACUCAUGCUGUCAGUCACUCACUCACUCAUGCUGUCAGUCACCCACUCACUCAUGCUGUCAGUCACUCACUCACUCAUGCUGUCAGUCACUCACUCACUCAUGCUGUCAGUCACUCACUCACUCAUGCUGUCAGUCACUCACUCACUCAUGCUGUCAGUCACUCACCCACUCAUGCUGUCAGUCACUCACUCACUCAUGCUGUCAGUCACUCACUCACUCAUGCUGUCAGACACUCACUCACUCAUGCUGUCACUCACUCACUCACUCACUCAUGCUAUCAGUCACUCACUCACUCAUGCUCUCAGUCACUCACUCAUGCUGUCAGUCACUCACUCACUCAUGCUGUGAGUCACUCACUCACUCACUCAUGCUGGGAGUCACUCACUCACUCACUCAUGAUGUCAGUCACUCACUCUCUCAUGCUGUCAGUCACUCACUCACUCAUGCUGUCAGUCACUCACUCACUCAUGCUGUCAGUCACUCACUCACUCACUCAUGCUGUCACUCACUCACUCACUCAUGCUGUCACUCACUCACUCACUCAUGCUGUCAGUCACUCACUCACUCAUGCUGUCAGUCACUCACUCACUCAUGCUGUUAGUCACUCACUCACUUAUGCUGUCAGUCACUCACUCACUCAUGCUGUGAGUCACUCACUCACUCACUCGCUCAUGCUGUCAGACACUCACUCACUCAUGCUGUCACUCACUCAGUCACUCACUCAUGCUAUCAGUCACUCACUCACUCAUGCUCUCAGUCACUCACUCACUCAUGCUGUCAGUCACUCACUCACUCAUGCUGUGAGUCACUCACUCACUCACUCAUGCUGGGAGUCACUCACUCACUCACUCAUGCUGUCAGUCACUCUCUCACUCAUGCUGUCAGUCACUCACUCACUCAUGCUGUCAGUCACUCACUCACUCAUGCUGUCAAUCACUCACUCACUCACUCAUGCUGGGAGUCACUCCCUCACUCUCUCAUGCUGUCAGUCACUCACUCACUCAUGCUGUCAGUCACUCACUCACUCAUGCUGUCAGUCACUCACUCACUCAUGCUGUCAGUCACUCACUCACUCAUGCUGUCAGUCACUCACUCACUCACUCAUGCUGGGAGUCACUCCCUCACUCACUCAUGCUGUCAGUCACUCUCUCAUUCAUGCUGUCAGUCACUCACCCACUCAUGCUGUCAGUCACUCACUCACUCAUGCUGUCAGUCACUCACUCACUCAUGCUGUCAGUCACCCACUCACUCAUGCUGUCAGUCACUCACUCACUCAUGCUGUCAGUCACUCACUCACUCAUGCUGUCAGUCACUCACUCACUCAUGCUGUCAGUCACUCACUCACUCAUGCUGUCAGUCACUCACCCACUCAUGCUGUCAGUCACUCACUCACUCAUGCUGUCAGUCACUCACUCACUCAUGCUGUCAGACACUCACUCACUCAUGCUGUCACUAACUCACUCACUCACUCAUGCUAUCAGUCACUCACUCACUCAUGCUCUCAGUCACUCACUCAUGCUGUCAGUCACUCACUCACUCAUGCUGUGAGUCACUCACUCACUCACUCAUGCUGGGAGUCACUCACUCACUCACUCAUGAUGUCAGUCACUCACUCUCUCAUGCUGUCAGUCACUCACUCACUCAUGCUGUCAGUCACUCACUCACUCAUGCUGUCAGUCACUCACUCACUCACUCAUGCUGUCACUCACUCACUCACUCAUGCUGUCACUCACUCACUCACUCAUGCUGUCAGUCACUCACUCACUCAUGCUGUCAGUCACUCACUCACUCAUGCUGUUAGUCACUCACUCACUUAUGCUGUCAGUCACUCACUCACUCAUGCUGUGAGUCACUCACUCACUCACUCGCUCAUGCUUCACUCACUCACUCAUGCUGUCAGUCACUCACUCACUCAUGCUGUGAGUCACUCACUCACUCACUCAUGCUGGGAGUCACUCACUCACUCACUCAUGCUGUCAGUCACUCUCUCACUCAUGCUGUCAGUCACUCACUCACUCAUGCUGUCAGUCACUCACUCACUCAUGCUGUCAGUCACUCACUCACUCACUCAUGCUGUCACUCACUCACUCACUCAUGCUGUCACUCACUCACUCACUCAUGCUGUCAGUCACUCCGUCACUCACUCAUGCUGUGAGUCACUCACUCACUCACUCGCUCAUGCUGUCAGUCACUCACUCACUCAUGCUGUCACUCACUCACUCAUGCUGUCACUCACUCACUCACUCAUGCUGUCAGUCACUCACUCACUCAUGCUCUCAGUCACUCACUCACUCAUGCUGUCAGUCACUCUCUCACUCAUGCUGUCAGUCACUCACUCACUCAUGCUGUCAGUCACUCACUCACUCGUGCUGUCAGUCACUCACUCACUCACUCAUGCUAUCAUCACUCACUCACUCAUGCUGUCAGUCACUCACUCACUCACUCAUGCUGUGAGUCACUCACUCACUCACUCGCUCAUGCUGUCAGUCACUCACUCACUCAUGCUGUCACUCAGUCACUCACUCAUGCUGUCAGUCACUCACUCACUCAUGCUGUCAGUCAGUCACUCACUCAUGCUGUCAGUCACUCACUCACUCAUGCUGUCAGUCACUUACUCAUGCUGUCAGUCACUCACUCACUCAUGCUGUCAGUCACUCACUCACUCACUCGUGCUGUCAGUCACUCACUCACUCACUCAUGCUGUCAGUCACUCACUCACUCAUGCUGUCAGUCACUCACUCACUCAUGCUGUCAGUCACUCACUCACUCAUGCUGUCAGUCACCCACUCACUCAUGCUGUCAGUCACUCACUCACUCAUGCUGUCAGUCACUCACUCACUCAUGCUGUCAGUCACUCACUCACUCAUGCUGUCAGUCACUCACCCACUCAUGCUGUCAGUCACUCACUCACUCAUGCUGUCAGUCACUCACUCACUCAUGCUGUCAGUCACUCACUCACUCAUGCUGUCAGUCACUCACUCACUCAUGCUGUCAGUCACUCACCCACUCAUGCUGUCAGUCACUCACUCACUCAUGCUGUCAGUCACUCACUCACUCAUGCUGUCAGUCACUCACUCACUCAUGCUGUCAGUCACUCACUCAAUCAUGCUGUCAGUCACUCACUCACUCAUGCUGUCACUCACUCACUCACUCAUACUGUGAGUCACUCACUCACUCAUGCUGUCAGUCACUCACUCACUCAUGCUGUCAGUCACUCACUCACUCACUCAUGCUGGGAGUCACUCCCUCACUCUCUCAUGCUGUCAGUCACUCACUCACUCAUGCUGUCAGUCACUCACUCACUCAUGCUGUCAGUCACUCACUCACUCAUGCUGUCAGUCACUCACUCACUCAUGCUUCACUCACCCACUCAUGCUGUCAGUCACUCACUCACUCAUGCUGUCAGUCACUCACUCACUCAUGCUGUCAGUCACCCACUCACUCAUGCUGUCAGUCUCUCACUCACUCAUGCUGUCAGUCACUCACUCACUCAUGCUGUCAGUCACUCACUCACUCAUGCUGUCAGUCACUCACUCACUCAUGCUGUCAGUCACUCACCCACUCAUGCUGUCAGUCACUCACUCACUCAUGCUGUCAGUCACUCACUCACUCAUGCUGUCAGACACUCACUCACUCAUGCUGUCACUCACUCACUCACUCACUCAUGCUAUCAGUCACUCACUCACUCAUGCUCUCAGUCACUCACUCAUGCUGUCAGUCACUCACUCACUCAUGCUGUGAGUCACUCACUCACUCACUCAUGCUGGGAGUCACUCACUCACUCACUCAUGAUGUCAGUCACUCACUCUCUCAUGCUGUCAGUCACUCACUCACUCAUGCUGUCAGUCACUCACUCACUCAUGCUGUCAGUCACUCACUCACUCACUCAUGCUGUCACUCACUCACUCACUCAUGCUGUCACUCACUCACUCACUCAUGCUGUCAGUCACUCACUCACUCAUGCUGUCAGUCACUCACUCACUCAUGCUGUUAGUCACUCACUCACUUAUGCUGUCAGUCACUCACUCACUCAUGCUGUGAGUCACUCACUCACUCACUCGCUCAUGCUGUCAGACACUCACUCACUCAUGCUGUCACUCACUCAGUCACUCACUCAUGCUAUCAGUCACUCACUCACUCAUGCUCUCAGUCACUCACUCACUCAUGCUGUCAGUCACUCACUCACUCAUGCUGUGAGUCACUCACUCACUCACUCAUGCUGGGAGUCACUCACUCACUCACUCAUGCUGUCAGUCACUCUCUCACUCAUGCUGUCAGUCACUCACUCACUCAUGCUGUCAGUCACUCACUCACUCAUGCUGUCAGUCACUCACUCACUCACUCAUGCUGUCACUCACUCACUCACUCAUGCUGUCACUCACUCACUCACUCAUGCUGUCAGUCACUCCGUCACUCACUCAUGCUGUGAGUCACUCACUCACUCACUCGCUCAUGCUGUCAGUCACUCACUCACUCAUGCUGUCACUCACUCACUCACUCAUGCUGUCAGUCACUCACUCACUCAUGCUCUCAGUCACUCACUCACUCAUGCUGUCAGUCACUCUCUCACUCAUGCUGUCAGUCACUCACUCACUCAUGCUGUCAGUCACUCACUCACUCAUGCUGUCAUCACUCACUCACUCAUGCUGUCAGUCACUCACUCACUCAUGCUGUCAGUCACUCACUCACUCACUCAUGCUGUGAGUCACUCACUCACUCACUCGCUCAUGCUGUCAGUCACUCACUCACUCAUGCUGUCACUCAGUCACUCACUCAUGCUGUCAGUCACUCACUCACUCAUGCUGUCAGUCAGUCACUCACUCAUGCUGUCAGUCACUCACUCACUCAUGCUGUCAGUCACUUACUCAUGCUGUCAGUCACUCACUCACUCAUGCUGUCAGUCACUCACUCACUCACUCGUGCUGUCAGUCACUCACUCACUCACUCAUGCUGUCAGUCACUCACUCACUCAUGCUGUCAGUCACUCACUCACUCAUGCUGUCAGUCACCCACUCACUCAUGCUGUCAGUCACUCACUCACUCAUGCUGUCAGUCACUCACUCACUCAUGCUGUCAGUCACUCACUCACUCAUGCUGUCAGUCACUCACCCACUCAUGCUGUCAGUCACUCACUCACUCAUGCUGUCAGUCACUCACUCACUCAUGCUGUCAGUCACCCACUCACUCAUGCUGUCAGUCACUCACUCACUCAUGCUGUCAGUCACUCACUCACUCAUGCUGUCAGUCACUCACUCACUCAUGCUGUCAGUCACUCACUCACUCAUGCUGUCAGUCACUCACCCACUCAUGCUGUCAGUCACUCACUCACUCAUGCUGUCAGUCACUCACUCACUCAUGCUGUCAGUCACUCACUCACUCAUGCUGUCAGUCACUCACUCAAUCAUGCUGUCAGUCACUCACUCACUCAUGCUGUCACUCACUCACUCACUCAUGCUGUGAGUCACUCACUCACUCAUGCUGUCAGUCACUCACUCACUCAUGCUGUCAGUCACUCACUCACUCACUCAUGCUGGGAGUCACUCCCUCACUCUCUCAUGCUGUCAGUCACUCACUCACUCAUGCUGUCAGUCACUCACUCACUCAUGCUGUCAGUCACUCACUCACUCAUGCUGUCAGUCACUCACUCAUGCUGUCAGUCACUCACUCACUCACUCAUGCUGGGAGUCACUCCCUCACUCACUCAUGCUGUCAGUCACUCUCUCAUUCAUGCUGUCAGUCACUCACCCACUCAUGCUGUCAGUCACUCACUCACUCAUGCUGUCAGUCACUCACUCACUCAUGCUGUCAGUCACCCACUCACUCAUGCUGUCAGUCACUCACUCACUCAUGCUGUCAGUCACUCACUCACUCAUGCUGUCAGUCACUCACUCACUCAUGCUGUCAGACACUCACUCACUCAUGCUGUCACUCACUCACUCACUCACUCAUGCUAUCAGUCACUCACUCACUCAUGCUCUCAGUCACUCACUCAUGCUGUCAGUCACUCACUCACUCAUGCUGUGAGUCACUCACUCACUCACUCAUGCUGGGAGUCACUCACUCACUCACUCAUGCUUCACUCACUCACUCAUGCUGUCAGUCACUCACUCACUCAUGCUGUCAGUCACUCACUCACUCACUCAUGCUGUCACUCACUCACUCACUCAUGCUGUCACUCACUCACUCACUCAUGCUGUCAGUCACUCACUCACUCAUGCUGUCAGUCACUCACUCACUCAUGCUGUCAGUCACUCACUCACUUAUGCUGUCAGUCACUCACUCACUCAUGCUGUGAGUCACUCACUCACUCACUCGCUCAUGCUGUCAGUCACUCACUCACUCAUGCUGUCACUCACUCACUCACUCAUGCUGUCAGUCACUCACUCACUCGUGCUGUCACUCACUCACUCACUCAUGCUGUGAGUCACUCACUCACUCAUGCUGUCAGUCACUCACUCACUCAUGCUGUCAGUCACUCACUCACUCACUCAUGCUGGGAGUCACUCCCUCACUCUCUCAUGCUGUCAGUCACUCACUCACUCAUGCUGUCAGUCACUCACUCACUCAUGCUGUCAGUCACUCACUCACUCACUCAUGCUGUCACUCACUCACUCACUCAUGCUGUCACUCACUCACUCACUCAUGCUGUCAGUCACUCACUCACUCAUGCUGUCAGUCACUCACUCACUCAUGCUGUCAGUCACCCACUCACUCAUGCUGUCAGUCACUCACUCACUCAUGCUGUCAGUCACUCACUCACUCAUGCUGUCAGUCACUCACUCACUCAUGCUGUCAGUCACUCACUCACUCAUGCUGUCAGUCACUCACCCACUCAUGCUGUCAGUCACUCACUCACUCAUGCUGUCAGUCACUCACUCACUCAUGCUGUCAGUCACUCACUCACUCAUGCUGUCAGUCACUCACUCAAUCAUGCUGUCAGUCACUCACUCACUCAUGCUGUCACUCACUCACUCACUCAUGCUGUGAGUCACUCACUCACUCAUGCUGUCAGUCACUCACUCACUCAUGCUGUCAGUCACUCACUCACUCACUCAUGCUGGGAGUCACUCCCUCACUCUCUCAUGCUGUCAGUCACUCACUCACUCAUGCUGUCAGUCACUCACUCACUCAUGCUGUCAGUCACUCACUCACUCAUGCUGUCAGUCACUCACUCAUGCUGUCAGUCACUCACUCACUCACUCAUGCUGGGAGUCACUCCCUCACUCACUCAUGCUGUCAGUCACUCUCUCAUUCAUGCUGUCAGUCACUCACCCACUCAUGCUGUCAGUCACUCACUCACUCAUGCUGUCAGUCACUCACUCACUCAUGCUGUCAGUCACCCACUCACUCAUGCGGUCAGUCACUCACUCACUCAUGCUGUCAGUCACUCACUCACUCAUGCUGUCAGUCACUCACUCACUCAUGCUGUCAGUCACUCACUCACUCAUGCUGUCAGUCACUCACCCACUCAUGCUGUCAGUCACUCACUCACUCAUGCUGUCAGUCACUCACUCACUCAUGCUGUCAGACACUCACUCACUCAUGCUGUCACUCACUCACUCACUCACUCAUGCUAUCAGUCACUCACUCACUCAUGCUCUCAGUCACUCACUCAUGCUGUCAGUCACUCACUCACUCAUGCUGUGAGUCACUCACUCACUCACUCAUGCUGGGAGUCACUCACUCACUCACUCAUGAUGUCAGUCACUCACUCUCUCAUGCUGUCAGUCACUCACUCACUCAUGCUGUCAGUCACUCACUCACUCAUGCUGUCAGUCACUCACUCUCUCACUCAUGCUGUCACUCACUCACUCACUCAUGCUGUCACUCACUCACUCACUCAUGCUGUCAGUCACUCACUCACUCAUGCUGUCAGUCACUCACUCACUCAUGCUGUCAGUCACUCACUCACUUAUGCUGUCAGUCACUCACUCACUCAUGCUGUGAGUCACUCACUCACUCACUCGCUCAUGCUGUCAGUCACUCACUCACUCAUGCUGUCACUCACUCACUCACUCAUGCUGUCAGUCACUCACUCACUCGUGCUGUCACUCACUCACUCAGUAUGCUGUGAGUCACUCACUCACUCAUGCUGUCAGUCACUCACUCACUCAUGCUGUCAGUCACUCACUCACUCACUCAUGCUGGGAGUCACUCCAUCACUCUCUCAUGCUGUCAGUCACUCACUCACUCAUGCUGUCAGUCACUCACUCACUCAUGCUGUCAGUCACUCACUCACUCACUCAUGCUGUCACUCACUCACUCACUCAUGCUGUCACUCACUCACUCACUCAUGCUGUCAGUCACUCACUCACUCAUGCUGUCAGUCACUCACUCACUCAUGCUGUCAGUCACUCACUCACUUAUGCUGUCAGUCACUCACUCACUCAUGCUGUGAGUCACUCACUCACUCACUCGCUCAUGCUGUCAGUCACUCACUCACUCAUGCUGUCACUCACUCACUCACUCAUGCUGUCAGUCACUCACUCACUCAUGCUGUCAGUCAGUCACUCACUCAUGCUGUCAGUCACUCACUCACUCAUGCUGUCAGUCACUUACUCACUCAUGCUGUCAGUCACUCACUCACUCAUGCUGUCAGUCACUCACUCACUCACUCAUGCUGUCAGUCACUCACUCACUCUCUCAUGCUGUCAGUCACUCACUCACUCAUGCUGUCAGUCACUCACUCACUCAUGCUGUCAGUCACUCACUCACUCAUGCUGUCAGUCACUCACUCACUCAUGCUGUCAGUCACUCACUCACUCACUCAUGCUGGGAGUCACUCUCUCACUCACUCAUGCUGUCAGUCACUCUCUCACUCAUGCUGUCAGUCACUCACUCACUCAUGCUGUCAGUCACUCACUCACUCAUGCUGUCAGUCACUCACUCACUCUCUCAUGCUGUCAGUCACUCACUCACUCAUGCUGUCAGUCACUCACUCACUCAUGCUGUCAGUCACUCACUCACUCAUGCUGUCAGUCACUCACUCACUCACUCAUGCUGUGAGUCACUCACUCACUCACUCGCUCAUGCUGUCAGUCACUCACUCACUCAUGCUGUCACUCAGUCACUCACUCAUGCUGUCAGUCACUCACUCACUCAUGCUGUCAGUCAGUCACUCACUCAUGCUGUCAGUCACUCACUCACUCAUGCUGUCAGUCACUUACUCACUCAUGCUGUCAGUCACUCACUCACUCAUGCUGUCAGUCACUCACUCACUCACUCAUGCUUCACUCACUCACUCAUGCUGUCAGUCACUCACUCACUCAUGCUGUCAGACACUCACUCACUCAUGCUGUCACUCACUCACUCACUCACUCAUGCUAUCAGUCACUCACUCACUCAUGCUCUCAGUCACUCACUCACUCAUGCUGUCAGUCACUCUCUCACUCAUGCUGUCAGUCACUCACUCACUCAUGCUGUCAGUCACUCACUCACUCACUCAUGCUGUCAGUCACUCACUCACUCAUGCUGUCAGUCACUCACUCACUCAUGCUGUCAGUCACUCACUCACUCAUGCUGUCAGUCACUCACUCACUCACUCAUGCUGUGAGUCACUCACUCACUCACUCGCUCAUGCUGUCAGUCACUCACUCACUCAUGCUGUCACUCAGUCACUCACUCAUGCUGUCAGUCACUCACUCACUCAUGCUGUCAGUCAGUCACUCACUCAUGCUGUCAGUCACUCACUCACUCAUGCUGUCAGUCACUUACUCACUCAUGCUGUCAGUCACUCACUCACUCAUGCUGUCAGUCACUCACUCACUCAUGCUGUCAGUCACUCACUCACUCAUGCUGUCAGUCACUCACUCACUCAUGCUGUCAGUCACUCACUCACUCAUGCUGUCAGUCACUCACUCACUCAUGCUGUCAGUCACUCACUCACUCAUGCUGUCAGUCACUCACUCACUCAUGCUGUCAGUCACUCACCCACUCAUGCUGUCAGUCACUCACUCACUCAUGCUGUCAGUCACUCACUCAAUCAUGCUGUCAGUCACUCACUCACUCAUGCUGUCACUCACUCACUCACUCAUGCUGUGAGUCACUCACUCACUCAUGCUGUGAGUCACUCACUCACUCAUGCUGUGAGUCACUCACUCACUCAUGCUCUCCGCCCACACCUUGGAAGUCAACUGGACUCGCCCCGUCUCUGUGUUCAACCAUCCCAACCUAACACCUCUGGUUCAAUCCAAUCAUGGGUGAACUUCACUCAUACACCAUCCACGAGAGCAAGCCAGCCGUGUGUUUGCACUGCCCCUUGCCUCUGGCCCCACCUCCUCUUCUCCCCACUCCUCCUCCCCAACCCCUUUUUCCGGCAGGUGGAGAAGCAGUUCCCUGGGGAGGCGGGCGGGGAGGUGCGGCAGCAUCUGGUGGGCAUCUGCGCGGCGCUGUGUCGCACGGUGCGGGGCACCAUCGCUGACUUCCAGCACAUCGUGCUCCACGACCCCACUCCGCCACCCGCCCCCACCCCCCGCCCCUCCCUCCCCUCCUGCUCCUCCACCUCCUCCUCCUCCUCAGCCCCCUUCCCCCCUCCUCCUCCUUUGGUUUCAGCCUCUGGCCAUGAGGGGGGCGAGGAUAGGAAGGGGGAGGAGGGCGGGGAGGGGAAUGGGGAGGAGGAUGUGGACUGGAGCCACAGAUCGGAUUCCAGCCAUCGAUCUCACCACGGGGGCGGUGGGUUGCACAGUCGGACGGUGAGCGGCAGCGCGUCGAGCGGGAGGGGCAUUUUGGGGGGCCUGCUGCCGAAGAAGGUCAGCAAGGGGCAUGAGGAGGGCAAGGGCGAGGCACGGGGGAAGAGCAAGGCGGAGGGCAAGGAAGGUGGGGGGUCGGCGGGGCAGGAGGUGGUUGUGAGGGGCAGUCCAGACGUGCACCCGCUGACAAGCUACGUGGUGAACUUCAUCCUCCUCUACUUCGACGAGACGCUGUACCUGGGCACGCUGCUGCUGGUGUACGACGAGGGGGGCGACCAGCACGAGGGCGCCGUGCGAUUGGGCGCCGCCACGCGCCACCUGCUGGCGGCGCUCAAGGCGAAUCUGGAGCGCAAGGGAGACGCGUUCCACGAUGAGGCGAUGCGCGCCGUGUUCCUCAUGAACAACUGCGAGUACAUCCAGCGCAAGGUGGAGGAGCAGCAUGUGAAGAUGAUCCUUGGGCGGGCGUGGGUGGAUGAAAACGCCAAGGACCUUGAGAAGCACCGAGACAUCUACAUUCGAUGUAUUGUGAAUAAGGUGGCGGGCGUGCUGUCGGACCACCGGGGUGACGUGGCGGCGUUCACAAAGCGAGUGCAGGCGCUGCACGCGCUGCUGGAGGGCGUGCAUGCACAGCAGAGUGGGUGGAGCAUCGGGAAUGCCGACCUGCGUGCGUUCGUGCGGGGGGAGGUGGCCUCGCAGGUGCUGCUCAGAUACUCCGACUUCCUCGACCGCCACAGGUCUAUAGUGGAGAGCCGAGCGUGCAAGGUGCGAGUGCUGACACGGCAGGAGGUGCAUGCGUGGCUGACGGAGAUAUUCGACAUGAAGAAGCAUGGAUGA